AUGUUUGUCCCUUUCUUUGCUUUACGAGUCAUAUCAGGUUAUCCCACACCCCUGGCAAACCCAAGCACAUUUUUUACAGCCACUCCAUUUUCAAUCGUUUUGUCUCGAUCCUCUUUUGUGAAACAAACCAGACAAUUCUUUCCUAGCGUUUCUCGAUAUUCUUUCACUUUGACAUGUCCUUUUUCAUUGUCGCUUGUUAAGUUUCCGUCCAAUUUACGUCAUUCUAUCUAUCUAUCUAUCUAUCUAUCUAUCUAUCUAUCUAUUUGUUUGUUUCUUUAUAUUUGUCUUAAUAAGUUUCUAUCUAUCUAUCUAUCUAUCUAUCUAUCUAUCUAUCUAUCUAUCUGUUUCUUUAUAGCUGUCUUAAUAUGUUCAUAUCUAUCUAUCUAUCUAUCUAUCUAUCUUUUUUUUAUAGCUGUCUUAAUAUGUUCAUAUCUAUCUAUCUAUCUAUCUAUCUGUUUCUUUAUAGCUGUCUUAAUAUGUUCAUAUCUAUCUAUCUAUCUAUCUAUCUAUCUAUCUAUCUCUGUCUUAAUAUGUUCAUAUCUAUCUAUCUAUCUAUCUAUCUAUCUGUUUCUUUAUAGCUGUCUUAAUAUGUUCAUAUCUAUCUAUCUAUCUAUCUAUCUAUCUAUCUAUCUAUCUAUCUAUCUAUCUAUCUAUGUCAUAUUGUGUUCGCGGAACACCAUCGUUACAUAUUUGCUUUUCUCAAAAUUCAUUUCAAAUAUUCAUAUAUUUAACAUAUUGAUAUUAGGAUUCUCAAUCUAUCUAUCUAUCUAUCUAUCUAUCUAUCUAUCUAUCUAUCUAUCUACACACAUCAUGGGCAACUCGACGUCUCACUAG